CUUGGGUGGUCAAAACACCUAGGUCAUGCCUUUCUUGGACUUGCUUCCUCAGACCCCUGGCUUGCUGCCUAAGUGGCAGCUGUUCGUGUCGACUGUAGCUCUGUACAACACUGUGCAAUGUUUCUGCACUUCAAAACUCACGCGGAGGGUGUAUAACAAUGCUCCCGUAGUGACGGACCUGCAAGUACGGACGUUUGGUGUUUGGACAAUUACCUCCGCAGUCGUUCGAUUUUACGCGGCGUACCAUAUCACGGAGAAAGCCGUGUAUGAUCUAGCUUUGUUCACAUACCUGAUCGCCUUUGGACACUUUUCUUCGGAACUGCUGAUCUUCCGUACAGCGAAGAUUAAUCCCGGAAUCAUGAGCACUUUCGUCUUUGCUUCUUUGUCUCUCGUAUGGAUGUUGGUCCAAUACGAUUAUUAUGUCGGACCACCCGCCUAUACUCCGUGAUAGGAAUUGCAUUAGUACACCUAUAUCUACAUGUUCUUGGAUUAUACUGUGUCUUCACCUGUGUUUUGUCGACACAUCUGCCUAAUACCCAAACGAUCGUCUUGAC